GACCAAUUUGAAACAUUUGAAAACUGAAGUGACCCUAAUUAGAACCCCUCUCUUCAGUAGUCGGCGUCACCAGCCCUCCGCCGCCACGGAAAACACACUUACACCACAGCGGCGUUCCGGCGAACCAUGCCCGCCGUCGCUUCCCUAGCUUCGACCACCGCCGCCGCCAUCACCACCUACUCAAUCGUUAGCUCCGCUCACCCGUCCUGCGCUAACUGUACCUGCGCCGCCACCUCCAUUGCUCUUCACCCCAGAAUUCUCUCUGCGGCCAAAAAAUUGCCGUUGACGACGUUGCAUAAGUUAACUGCGUUUCGAGUUAAAGCCAUGGCAGAAAUUCCUUCAACUCCGCGGUUAGAGUCCAACGCAUCAUUGGCCGGGAAGAAGCAAGCUUUGAUUUCAUUGUCAGACAAGAGAGACUUGGUUUUGCUUGGCAAUGGAUUACAUGAACUCGGAUUCACAAUUAUUUCAACGGGAGGAACAGCUUCUUCUUUGGAAAGUUCUGGCGUGCCUGUUACCAAGGUGGAGGAACUCACUCAUUUUCCGGAAAUGCUUGAUGGCCGUGUAAAAACUUUACAUCCGAACGUGCAUGGAGGUAUUCUUGCGAGAAGAGAUCAACAGCAUCACAUGAAAGCCCUUGAUGAUCAUGGGAUUGGUACAUUUGAUGUGGUAGUGGUUAACUUGUACCCCUUCUAUGAGAAGGUUUCCUCUUCUAGUGGGAUUUCUUUUGAGGAUGCGAUCGAGAACAUCGACAUUGGUGGACCUACCAUGAUCAGAGCUGCCGCAAAGAACCAUAAAGAUGUUUUGGUUGUAGUGGACUCGAAUGAUUAUCCAGCACUCUUAGAAUAUCUCAAAGGAGGACAGAAUGACCAGGAGUUCCGGAAGUGGCUGGCUUGGAAGGCUUUUGAUCACGUUGCUUCUUAUGAUUCCGCAGUUUCCGAGUGGUUGUGGAAGCAGACCAGUAAAGAUAAGUUUCCACCCAGCCUGACGGUACCUUUGUCUCUCAAGAGUUCACUUCGGUAUGGUGAAAAUCCUCAUCAGAAGGCUGCGUUUUACGUUGAUAAGUCUCUUGAGGAGGUCAAUGGUGGUGGCUGCGCGACUGCCAUUCAGCACCAUGGAAAGGAGAUGUCGUAUAAUAAUUAUCUAGAUGCGGAUGCAGCUUGGAACUGCGUGUGUGAGUUUAGUAAGCCGACCUGUGUGGUUGUGAAGCACACAAAUCCUUGUGGGGUAGCAUCGCGCGACGAUAUUAUCGAAGCGUACAGGCUUGCAGUGAAAGCAGAUCCAGUCAGUGCUUUCGGUGGCAUCGUUGCCUUCAAUGUUGAAGUUGAUGAGGCUCUUGCGAAAGAUAUUAGGGAGUUUAGGAGUCCAACGGACGGUGAAACUCGUAUGUUUUACGAGAUUGUCGUUGCUCCCAGUUAUACCAAGAAGGGGCUCGAAAUACUCCGAGGGAAGUCGAAAACAUUGAGAAUACUCGAGGCGACUAAGAAUAAACGAGGGAAGCUCUCACUGAGACAAGUUGGUGGUGGGUGGCUAGCUCAGGAGGCAGAUGAUUUGACCCCGGAAGAUAUCGAGUUCAACGUCGUUUCCGGAAAGUCUCCACAAGAAAACGAACUUAGUGACGCAAAAUUUGCAUGGCUCUGCGUAAAGCACGUGAAAAGCAAUGCCAUUGUUAUUGCCAAGAACAAUUGCAUGUUGGGUAUGGGAAGCGGGCAACCGAAUCGGCUCGAGAGUUUGAGAAUAGCAACGAAGAAAGCAGGGGAUGAAAUCAAGGGAGCUGCAUUAGCCAGCGAUGCCUUCUUCCCAUUUGCGUGGAAUGAUGCGGUUGAAGAAGCAUGUAAAAGUGGGGUGGGUGUUAUUGCCGAGCCUGGGGGAAGCAUAAGGGAUGCUGAUGCAGUCGACUGCUGUAAUAAGUAUGGAGUUUCGCUCGUUUUCACUAAUGUCAGGCACUUUAGGCAUUGACACUGCACCGUAUUUUUCGGAAAUUUUGUUUUCUAAACCUUUUACUCUCCGUACUGUGUUUUUUUUUUUUCUUUUUUCGAGAGGGGUUCGGGUUCGGGCUCGGGCUGGUGCCCUAGAAAAUAUGAGAAAGUAUGACAAACUUUAUCAACAAGUUUAUAAUCGACUGUUGUCUCAUUUAGCUUGCAUGCUGUAACGUUUAUAUUUUACAGUUUGGAAUAAUAUAAACGCUCUCCUUACA